AUGAUACAGGUUUACGUUUCUCUACAUGCGUACUCUCAAGCAUGGUUGGUAUCCAGUUCACAUGCACAUUUGCAGUUUGCUGACGAGGGCCUGUCGAUGGAGAUGGGCAAGCUGGCCACAGCUGCUUUAGCUGACUUGUAUGGUACCAGAUACCAAGUUGGUACCGCAGCUGAGAUAAGACAGCCAGCAUCCGGAAUGUCACACGACUGGGCAAACGCACGUGCUGGAAUAAAAUUUUCUUACCAUGUGGAUUUAAGGGAUUCAUACGGGCCUUAUGGCUUUUUACUACCAGGAGCACAAAUAGUAUCCACGGCAAAAGAAACGUGGCAAGCAAUUAGAGCCAUUGUAGAUAAUAUAGCACCUUCCUCCUUCUAG